AUGUUGUGGAAAACGGGACUGUUGUUGUUAUGCUGGGGCUUGACGUCCGGUGAACUCCAGGCAACGGAGUCGCGGGCACCAAGUUUGGAUUUUGGCUUCGUACCCGCCGGAGUUUACGAGACCCUCGCCCAUUACGAGCCUGGUCCUAUAGGGAUGCUCUUUCACAUGGUGCAUGCUUUCCUGCAUGUGGUUCAACCUAACCCAUUCCCCGAAGAUCUCGUCAUCCGAAUCGUUGAGGAUGAAUUCGGGGCUAUACAAUCUGAGUACCAGAAGCCAGAGAACAUUGUUUUGACACUGCAGGUGAUUUACUAUGAGAUAGGCUUCGUGGUAUGUGCCGUCUUCGGACUACUGUUUGCCGUGUUACUGCCGCUGGUCGGCCUGCUCUUCUGCUUGUGCCGCUGCUGUGAUAACUGUGGCGGAGAGAUGCACCAGAGACAGAGGAAGAACGCCGAGUGCCAGAGAGGACUGCUCACGACCCUACUCUUCACCACCUCGCUCAUCAUCACGGCGGGGGUCCUGUGUGCCUACACAGCCAAUCAGAACCUGACUUCCCAACUGAAGGGCAUGAGGAGACUGGUUAACAGCAACUUAAGAGACCUCCACACCUUCGCCAAUGACACACCUGCGCAAAUUGAUUACCUGAUAUCUCAGUAUGCCACUGCCAAGAACAAAGUCCUCACUGACCUGGACAAUAUCGGUCCAUUGUUAGGGAACAAAAUUCAUGAGGAGCUGAGCAAAGAUGUCCGACCAGCUCUGGAUGGAGUACUCCAUAUGGCUGGAGUCAGAGUGGAGAAAGUCAUUAAAGCGAUGCGGGACACCAAGGAGGCUCUGGUGGAUUUGAGUGUGAGUGUGGAGCUGUUGCAGGAGGGCACAGGGAGACUGGAGUCUAACCUGAGCCAGGUGCGUUCAGGGCUGAGAAACAGUCUGAAGGACCCAGCCUGCUCCGACACCGCCUCCCCCACGGCCCAGGUCUGCCGCAGCAUACGCUCCUCUCUCUCUAAACUCCACAUCAGUGCCAACUACUCUGGGCUGCCUAAUGUGACUGAGCCGUUAGCAAAAUUGCACACUGUUCUUAAGACUGACUUGAGCCAUGUUGUUCAGAGGGGGUUUUUAUCAUUCAAUAACACUCCAACCAUGGUCACAGACCAGACCAGGAACAUAGUGGAAGGAGUGAGGGACUUGUUGGAUGUCAUUGGCACAAACAUCACCAGUUUCUCAAAGAUGUUUCCAGUGCACAGCUCCGUCACCAACUUCACCAUCUUCAUCAGCCAUAUGCACUCUCGCAUUGAGGACUUCUACCCUGAGAUUAACCAGAUAGACUUUUACAGGUGGGUCUGUUGUAUUACGCUCUGCUGUAUGGUGGUGAUGGUUCUGACCUUUAAUUACCUGGGUCUGCUGUGUGGAAUUCUGGGAUACGACAGACAUGCUUCCCCGACAACCCGUGGCUGUAUCUCUAACACAGGCGGCAACCUGCUCAUGGCAGGGGUUGGUUUUAGUUUCAUGUUCUCCUGGGUUCUCAUGGGGGUGGUGACCGCCACCUUCCUGGUUGGAGGAAACCUGGAGAAGCUGGUGUGUGAGCCGUUCCACACCAAACAAGUCUUCAAGGUGUUGGACGCGCCUUAUCUCAUCAACCCAACAUGGAAGAACUUCAUACCUGGCUACCUGUAUAACGACCCAGACAUGGACCUCACUGCUGAGUCUCUGUACAGUGACUGUAAGGAGAACAGAGGGAUCUACUCUGCUCUUCAUCUGGAUAAGAUCUUUAAUGUUUCGGCUUUCCUCAACUCCAAUGUGUACACUAAGGAUGUGUCGAGGAAUUUUAACGGCGUGCGAGUGGAUCUGAGGGGUAUUAUUCUCCUGGAGUCUGAAGGCAAACAGAAUCUCAUCAGUUUCACCGAGACAGGAGUGGGAGAGAUUAACUAUGCUGCAUACACAGAGGAGAUCAAUAAAGGAGUUACACUUGUUGAUCUGCUCUCAUUUGCCAGUGAUCUAGAUUCAUACAGUGAACAACUGCCUAGAGGGACCCUGCAGACUGCAUUAAGGGGCCAUGCCAGCACUCUCCGCCAGAUACAUAAUCAGCAAGUCAUCCCUCUGGAGCAAUCCAUGAAAUUUGUCAGAGCAAGGAGCUCGCUAAACCAGAGCAUCAGUCUGCUGGAGAAAACCACCUCAGACCUGCCUAAUAAAGUCAAUGAGGUGCUGACUUCCAUCAAUGAAGCCCAGUACCUGAUCUCGGAGAAUGCAACUUUUGUGGUUAAUCAGGAGGCUGAGAAAUACAGGACGACUAUCAUCGGCUACUUUAGUCAGUACAUAGAAUGGGUCUUAACUUCUCUGGCUAUGGAGGUGGCUGCCUGCAAACCCCUCAGUAACAUGGUUGACACGGCUGAGAUUGUAGCCUGCAGCUACGUUCUGGACUCUAUGAACACAUUCUGGUUUGGGCUGGGCUGCUCCACACUUUUUCUGCUACCCAACAUCAUCCUGUCAGUCAAACUGGCCAAGUACUACCGCAGGAUGGACACAGAGGAUGUUUAUGAUGACAUUGACACUAUUCCCAUGAAAACUAUGGAAAUAAGUAGUAAUGGUUAUUAUAGUGAACUAUUUGAAGUUAUCAGACUCCCUGUAAAGACAAGCAUCCCAACUUAUGACACCAUGACACGUUUCCCGCGGGCCUCAGCGCCCCCCCGCCACGCCGACUGGUGA